UCUCUCCAUCCAGAUCUAUUUCAUUUUACCUGCUUUACUCUUCUCUCCUGUUUGUUUUAUCACAAAUAAAACCACAUUUUCACUUUACUUAAGAUAAAGAACAAGAAGAAGAAGAAGAAUCUCCUCCAGCAGAGCGCUCACACGAUGCAGGGCGCGCGGGUGACAGAAAGACUGAGGUGCGUCGGGAGCGCGCAAAAAAACCGAGUGGAGGAGCGGAGAGAGAGAGAGAGCUGUACAUACUUCCUGUUGAAAUUAGUGAUUUCUCUCCUCACUGCUGUCAGAGAAACAGAGAGAGAGAGAGAGAGAGAGAAUAUUUACUUUCCGCAGAGAUAACUUUACUUUAAUACGCUUGAUUUGUCUGGUCUGGAAUUAAAGCGCAGUCUUCAGGUUCCUCCACUGGAAGCAGGAUGACGACGCCCACAGACAUGGCAACGAUGAAGAUCACGCCUGAGGUGCUCCAGGAUCUGCUGCGCUACUACAACCUCUCCCGUCAGGAGUUCAUCCACACCUACAACAUCCAGCCCCUGGUGUACGUCCCCGAGCUGCCGGCCGCAGCCAAGGCCACCUUCGUUAUCAUGUACACGCUGAUCUUCCUGCUGGCGCUGGUGGGGAACAGUCUGGUGGUGUGUGUGGUGGUGAGGAAGGGCUGGAGUCAGAGCGCCACCAGCAUCUUCAUCUGCUCUCUGGCCAUCAGUGACCUGCUCAUCACCUUCUUCUGCGUCCCCUUCACUCUCCUGCAGAACAUCUCAACUCAGUGGCUCGGAGGUGUGUUGGUGUGUAAGACAGUCCCGUUUGUCCAGACCAUGGCGAUCGUGACGGGGAUUCUCACUAUGACGUGUAUCGCAGUGGAGAGAUACCAGGGCAUCGUCCAUCCACUAAAAAUGAAGAGGCAGUACACGCCCCAGAGAGCCUACAGAAUGCUGGGCUUGGUGUGGAUGAUCUCAGUCAUGGUAGGAUUGCCCAUGCUGUUCGUCCAGCAGUUAGAGGUGAAAUAUGACUUCCUGUAUGAGAAUCAUCAUGUAUGCUGUCAGGAGCUGUGGAGCUCAGAGCUUCAGAGGAAGACCUACACCACCUUCAUCAUGGUGGCUCUGUUCCUGCUGCCUCUGGCCGCCAUGUUGCUCCUCUACACACGCAUCAGCAUCGAGCUGUGGAUCUGCAAGAGGGUGGGGGACACCUCCGUCCUCCAUACCAUCAACCAAAGCCAGAUCAACAAGAUCUGCAGGAAGAAGAAACGUGCGGUGAAGAUGAUGAUCACCAUCGUGCUGCUCUUCACCAUCUGCUGGGCUCCUUUCCACACCGUCCACAUGCUGUUCGAGUACAAUAAUCUGGAGCACCAGUAUGAUGAGGUGACCCUCAACAUGAUCAUGGCCGUGGUUCAGGCCAUCGGUUUCUCCAACUCCUUCAACAACCCCAUCGUUUACGCCUUCAUGAACGAAAGCUUUAAGCAGAGCUGCAUCUCGGCCGUGUCCACCUUCCUGCGCAGGACCAGAGUGCGCAACGUCCGGGUCCACUUCACCAAGCCUCGUCAAAUAACCAGCGCUAACGCUAACACCAAGAGCACAGAACUCCAUGAGCAGACCACCUGAGUAUCAUCACAGUGUUCA